UUCACUUGGCGAGGAACGACGUAUUUCCUUUUGUGGAUUUUUCUUUAGUGCCUGUGGAAGUUGUAUUAAGUUGUAUUCAAUUUUCUUAUACUCGCACAUAAAGCUACAAAAUGAUAACCUCUUCGAGUGUUUAUAAUAUAAGCGCAGACAAAGAUAUUUAAAUGAAUUAGAGAGGAAGAAUCCAUUGGCUUUGUACAAUCACCAUGAAGACAUUUUUCAUUUUAUUAAAGUUAUUGCUGGUUGGAACUGCAAUAUCUCUUCUCAUCUAUUCAGCGGUGUCUUCCAAACAGCCUAUUUUGUGGCCAAGGAAUGUUAGUCUGGAGGUGAAGGAGAUUCCAGCGACCACAGUGGCACAAUGCUCUCCUCACAAUCACGUCAUGUUCAUCAAGACGCAGAAAUGUGGCUCUUCCACUUUACAGAACAUCUUCCUUCGUUAUGGUUACAAGAAUAAUCUCACGUUUGCUUUACCAACAAAAGGAAACAUGUUAGGGUAUCCUAAUGGAUUUAAGCCUAGCAUGAUCCCCAAGCACCUUCUACCUCCUGGGGGCAAGACGGACAUCUUCGCUCUCCACACUCGCGUCAGCUACAGGGAACAGAGGAUGGUCCUGCACAAAGACACCCGCUGGAUCACCGUUCUUCGGGAGCCAGCCAGUCAGUUCGAGUCUUUCUAUAAUUACUUUAACCUGAAAAGGUAUUUCAAGAAGAAUCUGGCAGAAUUCAAGAACAUCCCAGUUGCUAACAUCUCCCUUCCCAGGAAAAAUGGCUUGUUCGGCAAGAACCAGAUGACCUUCGUGAUGGGUUACCCCGACAGCAUCUCCGGCGAGCCUUUGCGCCGGGCCCUUGAGAACCUCGACCGCCUCUUCGACCAGGUGCUGAUCUACGAGCACUGGGACGAGUCUCUGAUCCUGCUGCGCCACCUACUGUGCUGGAGCCUCCACGGCGUGGUCGCCUUCAAGAAGAACGCCCGCGGAAAGAGAAAAAAGCUCGCCAUCGACGCGGAGUUGCGAAGGACGUUGCGGGAACUGAACUACGCGGACGUCGAGCUCUACGAACACUUCCUGGCCAAGCAUCGUCGACAAGUGCUUGCGUUUGGCGUCGAGAGGAUGGCCAAGGAAGUGCUCUCGCUCACGAAACUCCGGGAGGACUACAGCCGUCGCUGUGCCCCAAAGAAGAAGGCGAAAGGACGAGCUCCGGAGAGGGGCAAGAAUACAACUCAGGCGAAGGGGGCUGCGAACGCGAUGGCUGAAUCUUGUUAUCUUCUCUCUCUCAGUGAAAUCCCUUUGAUAAAAGCUGUGAGGGAGAAACAGAUACGCAUGCUCAGUGGGUCAAAGAAACAUUGAAAUCAUUAACGGAACGUGUUUUUAGCUGUGUCAUUCUCUAACAUAAAUGAAAUGUCUUCUGUGUCAAUAAACAUAUGUUUUUGUCAACUAUUUGUCUUUCAUCAAAUGAAAGAAUCGUAACUAAAUCAUCAUAUUGAUUAUUUAUUCUGCAUUAUUGUCAUUACUGCUAACGUUCUCCGUUUUUUUACCAGUAUUUUGUUAACAACAUUACUAAUAUCGUUAGUUAUUUUGUCAUUUGUCAUUCUUAUUGUUAUUCAACAGCUGAUGAUUACAGUUAAAUAAUUUUAUGAUAUGCACAAAUAUGUAAAAAAAAAUACUGUUAUCUAUUUCCUAACCGACCUUAAUAUAUAUGUAUCUUUU